CAGACGCAAUUUAUUUCGGUCGACUCUGACGUCAAGAGAAUACACGUUUCAUUCAACAAGCAAGAAGUAAGUUAUUUAUAACCCGCAGCAUCUCCAGGUUGUGAUCCUUGAGUGCGCAGUGAAAGGAAUACUCCCCAUUGGACUGAUGUAGUGAGCCUGGAUCACAAAAGCCACAGCGCUCAUGUGCUAUGGUGCCACAGAGGGACGGCGCCCUGACACCUAAACCAGGACGCGUACUGUAGAUAGAAACAUUCGCAUCUAUAACAAUAGGGAUUUUGCGAAAUACUGCAACAAACUUUCUCUUUUGAAUAAUUGAUUUCCCACGAUUUUUUCCCUCUUACAUGAGAAAGCAAUGGGUACUUUGAGCAUGGAAAACCUCUCCUCUGAACAGGUUUGUGAGCUGUAAGUACAACAUUGAGAAGACCUUUGAUUGACUGGGAGAUGGCAGAUAUACUCGAGCUGCGGACAGAUGGAAACUCUCUCCUGAAGGCGGUAUGGCUCAGGCGCUUGCGACUAACUAGGCUCCUGUUGGAAGGAGGUGCAUACAUCAACGAGAGCAAUGAACGUGGAGAGACGCCCCUCAUGGUGGCCUGCAUGUCCACACACAGUGACCAGCAGAGUGUGAGCAAGUCAAAGCUUCUGAAAUAUCUGCUGGACAACCAGGCAGACCCCAACAUACAGGACAAAGCUGGCAGGACGGCUCUAAUGCAUGCCUGCAUCAACAAAGCCGGGCAUGAGGUGGUGGACCACCUGCUGAGCAAUGGAGCUGAUCCCAGUCUGGAGGACAGGAGCAAGGCCUCAGCGCUGGUCUAUGCUAUCAACGCAGGUGACAAGGCAACACUAAAGCUGCUCUUGGAUGCAUGCAAAGCUAAAGGCAAGGAGGUCAUCAUAAUCACCACAGACAAAUCCCCGUCUGGCACUCAAACUACCAAGCAGUACCUAAAUGUCCCCCCAUCACCAGAGCUGGAUGAGAGGUCCUCCCUAGAGUACUGCACCUCUCCGUCUGACAUUAAUGUCACUGCAUCUCCCACACCUGAGCAGGAGCAACAAAACACAGUCUUCAGUUUCCAAACCAAGUUAAAAACCUCUAGUUCUGCUUCAAAGCUAGCCAACGGGCCCACGUCUCCAACACGCCGGACUGCAAAUCCCAAGCGUGCACGUUUGCCUCAGCUGAAGAGGCUGCAGUCAGAGCCUUGGGGGCUGAUCGCUCCCUCAGUCCUGGCCGCAGCAGCCGCCGCCCAAGAGGAGAGCAAGAAAGCCAGCACUGAUGAGGAUGUUGUCGCAGGGGUGAACGGACUCUCUCUUAGUAAGAGGUCAGUUUUAUCUCGACAGAGCAGUGUGGAUGGGAAGGACAGCUUGUUCCCGCUGGUGGGCGAACAACCCUGCAAAAUGACAACCUCGAUAUCAGUUCCUCCAACGUCCAAAGUAUCAUAUGAGAGAUCUGUAGGCCAGCACCAGCUGCUGGCCCGGCGCAGUACUGUGCCCACAGAGGAGAGCAGCAGCUGCAGCAGUCUGAGAGACACAAUGCAUAUAAGACAUCUGGGGAACGACCACUAUGACUCAGACUCACAGCUCUACUCAGGCUCUGCCAUGUUAGACUCUCCGAAGAUCCCAGGGGAUCGAAGGAAACUAAACACUUCUCCACUAGCGAUUCUGACCAGCUCCAGGGAAUCUCUAGAGAGCAACACCAGCCCGUCCUCCCCAAGCGCAGCACGCAGGCGGGUACCUGGCUUCCUGGAGAGGAGAGGCUCAGGCACUCUGCUGCUGGACCACAUCUCCCACACCAGGCCCGGACAACUGCCCCCUCUCAACAUCAACCCCAACCCUCCCAUUCCUGACAUUGGGGCGAGUAGCAAGCCCUCCUCACCUCUGGCCACAGGGAUUAGAUCUAUAGCUCCAGUAGCACCAAACACACCAAAGAGAGGCGGCCUCAAGUCCAAGAAGAAACUUGUGAGGAGGCACUCUAUGCAAGUGGAGCAGAUGAAGCAACUUUCUGAUUUUGAUGAGCAGGCUCAUUAGUUAGUAGUGGUGUUAAUGCAGCGCAUAUUGUUGUUGUAGAAAUGUGAACACCAUAAAUUGUCAGGAUGUACAUCCAUAUGUUCAGCUGUGUAGACUCACAGCCAUCUAGAUGUUGAAUAAUGUAUAAUUUAUUUAGUAUAUAUACAUACAUAUAUAUUGAAACUGAGCAAUAUAGAUAGACUUCCUCCCUGUGUUAAACCCAACCUGAAGGAAUAUUAUCUUUUGACACAGCAUCUGCUGUAUAUGUAUUACAGUUUUGAAUGUAAAUGCCAAGUAACGGUACUAUUCCUCUGAACUAGCUCUCUUACAGAAUAAUGUACUGCGUAGGGAACAUACAGGGUCCACUUGUAGCCAGCAGGCCACUUGGGUGCAAAUUGUGCAUAUGUAAUUAGCACCAUUAAUGGGCUUUCUUUUUAAAAGAAAAUUGUGAUGCACUUGUCUGAGAUGUAGCUUUGAGUAAGAUGAAAUGUGACUGUUUGUAGCAAAUUUGUAAAAAGUGCCUUUCAGAUAAAUAAACCUAAAAAAAAGAAAUGGACAUAUACAUUUAAUGUAUUAGGAGCAUUUUUAAUUCAUGAUGAUGUAACCAAAAUGUGUUUUAUUUCAAUAUUGUUGGUCUCAUAUGGAACACUACAAAGAAUAUACGUGAUGUGUAUGAAUGAAAAACAUGCCUUAAGAAACAGGUACAACCAUGGGCUAUGUAUAACAGCACUUUAUUGCCCAGGAGAAAAAAGGUUGCUAUUAACAGUGUUACAAACCUUCAAGUAUACGUAAUCCUUAUAUGAUUAAAUCAAGUAACAUUAAAUGACAUUCAACCCCUCAGUCAACACAGACAUUGUUGAAUUUUGUCACUUUAAAUGUCAUUUCACGCUAAUGGCAAUCAAAACUAAAGAUCAUACAGCUUCCAUGUUACUUAACUGUGAAGCAUUGCUUCUGUUUAACUGAAAUCCAUAGUAUUUUUGCAAGUAGUUUGUUGAAUAUUCUGAAUAAAUGUCUAUCUCUUGUGAA